AUGGCAUCUUCCUCUGUUCCCACCCAGACCAGCAGUGCCAUACCGGCCGAUAUGGAAAAUUUCGUCGUCGGCCUGAUUGGUAUGGGAGACAUGGGGAAGAUGUACGCGCAGAGGCUCUCUGCCGCUGGAUGGAAGAUAAUGGCUUGUGACCAGGAGGAAAAGUACGAGAGCCUGAAAGAAGAGUUCUCGGGAAAUAACAAAAUACAAAUCUGCCGAAAUGGCCACUACGUUUCUCGCGCCAGCGACUACAUUAUCUACAGCGUUGAAGCUGCCGCCAUUGACCGUGUGAUUGCCCAGUACGGCCCAUCAACGAAGCUAGGUGCCAUCGUAGGCGGCCAAACCUCGUGCAAAGACCCCGAAAUCACCGCCUUCGAACGCCACCUCCCCUCCGACGUCGACAUCGUCUCGUGCCACUCCCUCCACGGCCCCAACGUCGACCCGCGCAACCAGCCCCUCGUCAUCAUCUCCCACCGCGCCUCGCCCGCCUCCGUCCAGAAAGUCGAGACCGUCCUCUCCGUCCUGGGCUCCAAGCGCGUGUACCUCACCGCCCACGAACAUGACCGCAUCACGGCCGACACGCAGGCCGUCACGCACGCCGCGUUCCUCUCCAUGGGCAAGGCCUGGCACGCAAACAGGCAGUUCCCCUGGGAGAUGAGCCGCUACGUCGGCGGCGUCGAGAACGUAAAGAUCAACAUCAUGCUGCGCAUCUACUCCCAAAAGUGGCACGUCUACGCCGGCCUCGCCAUCCUCAACCCCGAGGCCCGCAAGCAGAUAUCCCAGUUCGCCCGCUCCGUCACGGACCUCUACAAGCUCAUGCUCGAGGGCAACGCCGGCGCCCUCCGCGCCCGCGUCCUCGCCGCCAAGGAAAAGGUCUUUGGCCACGGCGGCAGCCACAAGUGGGCCGACCGCCCCCUCCUCAACCCGGACCUGCUGGAGCAGUUCUCCCUCGGCCGCAAGGAGGACCAGACGGAGCCGCCCCGGCCCAACAGCCACCUGAGCCUGCUCGCCAUGGUCGACUGCUGGGCCCAGCUGGGCAUCGUGCCCUACGACCACAUGAUUUGCUCCACGCCGCUCUUCCGCCUGUGGCUGGGCGUCGCCGAGCACCUCUUCCGCAGCCCCGAGAUGCUGGACGACGCCCUCGAGACCGCCAUCAACGACCACACGUACCGCUCUGACGAUUUGGAGUUUACCUUCGCCGCGAGGGGGUGGGCCGAGUGUGUUUCUCUCGGUCACUUUGAGACUUGGAAGAACAGGUUUGAGACGACGCAGGAGUUCUUCCAGCCGCGUUUCAAGGAUGCUACGGCCGUUGGCAAUGCUAUGAUGAAGGCUGUGUUGGAGAGUACGAAGAAUUGA